UUAAUAGAAAUUAACAAAUAAUUAGGCUUAUGGAGACGAGAUUUGAAGUAGACAAAGAGUAUGGUGAGAUAAGGAAUAGAUCAGGCUUUAUAGAGUCGGAGCAGAGAGCUUUGGUGGAUCAGAAGAUAUUUGAUCAUGGGAUUUUAAAUGAUAUUGAAGAGAAUUAUUCGAUAUCCUUUUCUCCAACCACAAGUCUCAAGUUUCAUUUAUUUAUGAUUUUUAAGGAAUUUAAAUUGUUUAAGAGGCUUUCUUCUGAAACUAUGCCAUCUUGAAGAAUUGAAAGAAAUUUUUGGAAUUUUAGAAAAGUUGACAGAAAAGAAUUCAAGAAACUUUCAAGAUUUAUUCAGACAUGGAGCUGUUUAGAAAAUUGAUUUCAUUUUAAUUUGACAUUUUCUCCAACAUACAAUCAAACUUUACCUCCAUUCAGGUAUGUAUUUUAUCAUUAAAAUUUAAACAAGCUUAUUCAGAAGGAUCUUCUUCCAGCAAAGCACUUGUUUAAAGUAGACCUAAUUUUACAUUCAGAAUCUGAAAAUUUAUUUUUAUUCCAUUGGUUUCUUAAAAUAUUUAAAACCUUCCUUUCUCUUUAAAAAAUAAUUAACUUUACCUAAAAAUCUAUAAUUUUCAAAAAAAAUCCUUUUACCCCAGAAAUCCAAUUCUAACAUCACUAAAAUUUCUUCUUCCCUCUCAUCUCACUCAAUACAGCCUCUGCAGAAGAUCUGUGCUCAAGAGCCUUUGGCCAUUCAAUGGGACUCUCAAGAUCAAGAACUUCAAGUUCGGUAGCAAGGGCCUGAGAGAUCUUCUAGUUGCAGCUAGGCAUAUGACUUCGAUCUCUGUGGUGAAUUGUGUGCUGCAGGAGCAGAAGUUUGGCAGGAGUUUUUUGAGGAGUGGAAUGGGAGGGAAGGUGUGUCUGAAGAAGGUCUUGUUCGUUGGGUGAUCAGAGAUUGCGAGUUGAGGGAAUGAGGAGUCUUUCUGUAUGGUAAAGAGUAUUAUGGAGGGAAUUAUGGGAUCGUGUCUGACAGAGGUAUUGGAGAGAUUGAGUUUUAAUUUUAAAGAUGGACCAAGGUUUGAAUCUUUGCAGAAAGUUUCAAGUGUUUAUGAAUGAGAUGAACGUCUUGUGGUAUCAAUAAGACCUGGAAUGAUGACAAUUGAUUUCGUUUAAUAAAUUCUUUUUCCAUCUUUUU